AUGAUUACUUCUGAAUCUUCGAACAACAUGCAGCUACAACUUCAAGAUGGUACUGCUAGUAGUGUUAAUGUGAUGAGCAACCUCGCACAUGUCAUGGUAGCCUUCAUCGUCGGAUUAAUCGGUGAUAAUUCAGUGAUGGUUGACCAGCAGAAGAUUGUUCCUUACUUACAUCAAACGGAGUCAGGCCGUGUUGCCAAGCUUGAGAUUUUCUCUCACUAUGUUGCUAGGCAAAUGGGAUUUGUAGAUGACGGCGAGGUUCCAGAGUUGUGCAGAUUGGCACGGGACUACUUGAGAAACACUGAAGGUUAUUUUGCUUUUCAUUGGAACCGAGCUUCAUUUAUCAUUACCCAGGUAUUAAGUUCUCAGUCCCAACCCAAAAUAAAUCUCAAAAAUAUUCUUUUGGAAGCCACAAGGGAACAUAGGUUUGAGAGAAUAACAAAGAAACUAAAGGUGGCCAGAGUGUUCUCUACAUUGGUUGAAGAGAUUAAAGCAAUAAAGGGCAACUCGCAAAGUUAUGAUGACAAGGUCUCCAUUGUCCAGAGUGAGAGGAGUCCAAUGUUGCUGCUUAUGGGUGGAGGCAUGGGAUCUGGAAAAAGCACUGUUCUUAAAGACAUUCUUAGAGAAUCAUUUUGGUCAGAAGCUGCAUCCAAUGUUGUGGUUGUUGAAGGAGAUGCUUUUAAGGAGAGUGAUGUCAUUUAUAGAGCUCUUAACUCUAAGGUCCACCAUGAUGAAAUGCUUCAAAGUGCUGAACUGGUGCAUCAGACUUCGACUGAUGCUGCAUCAUCUCUACUAGUGACAGCUUUAAAUAAAGGGCGAGAUGUGAUCAUGGAUAGUAUCUUAGCAUGGGAACCUUUCCUAGAGCAAACUAUUGUUAUGGCAAGAAAUGUUCACAAAAAGCGUUGUCUAAGGUAA